GUCCUUUUUUCUCUCUCUUAAAAAAAACAACAUUCAAUUUUUGUUUCUCUUCUCCACACCCAACUGAAGUCAUACUCUUUUCCUUUUCCAUCAUAAUUACACUCUGCACUCUUCUCACAAAACCCUAAAUUUUCAAAUCCAUGCUUUUCUUUUCUUAAUGCCUUACAGCUAUCACUCUAGAAUUACCUACUGAACAACUUUUCAAUCUAAGCUUCCCAUUCUCCUACAUUUCCCAGAACAACAAUCUCUCAUGGCUUUUCAAUGUUGUUGCUGUUUCACCUAAAAAAACCCUUUUUUUUCUCCUCUCAAUUUUAAAAUUCAAAUCUCAUUUAUAUUUUUGAUUUUCUGGUGAAGCUCUUAGAUUUUCUAGUUGAAGAACAAAAAAAAAACCUUUUUUUUUGCAACAUUCACUUGGCAAAACCUAUAGUCUUUUGAAUUGAAUAUCUAUAGCUACUAGGUUUUAGAUCCCCUUUCUGUUUCUCUGCAUAUUGUUAAAAAUUUAGUCUUUUCAUCACUAUCUAGUUUUUUUAUAUGGAAAAAUUAGUGUAUUAGUGUAUCUAUCACAAUUAAGAUUUUUUUUAGUCUUAGUUAAUGCAUGGAUGAAAGAGAAGCUAUGGCAUUCUCUGAUGGGUCUGGUUCAUAUUACAUGCAUAGAGGAGGAGGGGUUGGUGGGUCUGGUGGUAAUGGAGGAGUGUUCCAACAAACACCUUCUGGGUUUAGAGCUUUGUCUAACAAUGCUCAUGGUGGUUCUGAUGGUUCUGCAUUUUCAGUGGAGCCUCAGCAUGAUAGUUUUAGUCAUGGUGGUGUUAGCAACAGCAUUGGUUCAUCUCCUGGUCCUGUAGUGCCUUAUUCAGGAGAGCAGUCUGUGAAAAAGAAAAGAGGGAGACCUAGGAAGUAUGGUCCUGAUGUACCUGUUUCGUUGAGACUAUCCUCUCCUAUGUCUGCCACUGAGAAUUCCAUGUCUCCUUCGGAGAAACGACCGAGAGGACGCCCACCUGGAAGUGGAAGGAAACAACAACUAGCUGCUCUAGGUGAAUGGAUGAACAGCUCUGCCGGCCAGGCCUUUUCACCACAUGUUAUCACCAUUGGAGUUGAGGAGGACAUUGUAGCAAAGUUACAGGCAUUUUCACAACUCAGACAACGUGCUUUAUGCAUCUUGUCAGGAACUGGGACUGUAUCUUCAGUCACUCUGCGCCAGCCUGCUUCUACGACUAUCAGUGUUGCAUUCGAGGGGCGAUUCCAAAUAUUAUGCUUAUCUGGCUCUUACUUGGUUGCUGAAGAUGGUGGACCUCAAAAUCGAACUGGUGGCAUUAGUGUUUCCCUUUCUAGUCCGGACGGUCAUGUUAUUGGCGGUGGCGUUGCUAGGCUUAUUGCUGCAAGCCCUGUCCAGGUGGUAGUUUGCAGUUUCGUAUAUGGCGGCUCUAAGGCGAAGACUGCCACAAAGCAAGGGACUGCCACAAAAGAAGGUGAUGGUUCAGAGCCUCAGAGUAGCGACCAGUUAGCUUCUCCAGGAAGUGAACCAUCUAAUCAAAACUACACAGCUUCUGGAACAGGAACAGGCACAGUGUGGCUUGGAUCAAGGCCAGUAGAUGAGAAAAGUGAACAUCCACACACUGGUAUUGACUUGAUGCAUGGGUGAAAGUUAUUCUCUAUGUUGUAAUUAUAUUUAUCUGUUGUUGUAAAUGUACUUAAUUUGUGAGCAUUGUGACUCACUUCGCAUGAUAUUAUUCCUAUUGGUGUGUGUCACAAGUUAGCACUAACCUAUGUUGUAACAGAUGAAACAUUUUAGGGUUAAGUAACAAUCUUAACUUGUGCAGAGAAAAGAAAGUUUAGGUGAAAUAGAGGCCAUUUCUUUCUUACCUUUUACUACUUG